CAAACUCUAAAACCAGGAAGCACGUCGACUUCCUUGUCUUCAAACCAUAUGCUAAUUUCCUGUACUCUGCAACACAGUCGCAUCAGUAUUCAUAUUUAUCUCCUCUAGAAAUUACAGAUUACAAACAUGAAUACGGUAUUGUCGAGGGCAAAUUCCCUUUUUGCUUUCUCACUGAGUGUGAUGGCAGCUCUUACCUUUGGAUGUUUUAUCACGACUGCGUUCAAAGACAGAAGCAUUCCCGUGGAUAUCCAUGUAUCGAAAGUGAUGCUGAAGAAUGUUGAUGACUUCACUGGGCCGAGGGAGAGAAGUGAUUUGGGCUUCCUCGUGUUUGACAUUUCAGCUGAUUUGCGACCAAUAUUCGACUGGAAUGUGAAACAAUUGUUCCUUUACCUAUCUGCUGAGUAUGCAACAAAGAAUAAUGCCCUCAAUCAGGUUGUGUUGUGGGACAAAAUAGUCCUAAGGGGUGGUGAGACAAAGCUGAAACUGAGGGAAUCAAAGCCUGAGUACUUGUUCUUCGACGAUGGAAAUGGCCUGAGGUCCAACAAGAACAUCACCCUGACACUAUCAUGGAAUGUUGUGCCAAAUGCAGGAAUCUUGCCUCUGGUCAUGGGCUCCGGACAUGUUUCUCUCCCUUUUCCCGACUCGUACGAAACUUACAAGAGCUACUGAAUGGUCUGAUGAGCUGGACUUUGUAAAUGUUAGGUCUUUUUCGCUUUCAACUGUUAAUAAAAUCCAAUGUAGUGGAA